UGGACGGGUAAGGAAGAAAGAAUCUCUGGUCAUUAAAAAAGGCCGUACAGGUACGGGUCGGUUAAUGAGCAGUGCACGGAGCCCAUUUCAAUUGUAAAUCAGACUGCUCGGCGAGUCCGGCGACUGUCCGCCCGCCGUCCUCGUUAUCCGAUCCCAUGCAACCAAAGAGAAGCUCCAAUUGAAAUCUCUCCCGCCCAAGAUCAUCAUCUGCUUCGAUCUACCACAAGCGAGAGACUGCUCGACUGACGUUGGAUCCAUCGGUUCUAUGAGUUCUGCAUCGAGAUCGGUCUCCGAGGCAAUUCUUUUCGAUUGAGCUGAGUCGCCGGAUCUCAGGGUUCUUCCUGGUGAUCCUGCGGUAUGGACUCGAGCAGGAGGGCCGUGGAAUCCUACUGGAGGUCGCGCAUGAUUGAUGCCGCCACCUCCGACGAAGAUAAGGUGACGCCUGUUUACAAGCUGGAGGAGAUUUGCGAGCUCUUGCGAUCCUCUCAUGUCAGCAUCGUCAAGGAUGUCUCGGAGUUCAUGCUGAAGCGGCUCGAUCACAAGAGCCCCCUCGUCAAGCAGAAGGCCCUGCGGCUGAUCAAAUAUGCUGUUGGAAAGUCAGGUGCAGAGUUCCGUAGGGAAAUGCAAAGGCAUUCUGUUGCAGUUAAACAGUUACUUCAUUACAAGGGGCUUCCAGAUCCUUUGAAAGGGGAUGCUCCGAAUAAGGCCGUGAGGGACACUGCCCAUGAGGCUAUUUCUGCUAUCUUCUCUGAUCAGGACAGUAAACCUGCACCAGCUGAAGAUCUUAACAGAAGGAUCCAAGGUUUUGGAAACACAAAUUUUGAAAUGCCUUCAGAGGAUAAAAAGUCAUUGCUCAGUGAGGUGGUCGGUCUCGGAAGUGCAACUAUUAAGCAAGGAAUUAGCAAUUUCACUCAGGGGCACACACUGGGGAAGAGUGGGAAUGGAACUUACAGGAGUCCAAAUCUCCAUAGAUCUUUGACUCUAGAAAAUGAUCGUGGUAGCUAUAAUCCAGCUGAGAUUCGCGGGACAGCUCAGGUUAGUUUUCAGAAUAUGGCCCCUGGAUCUUGGAAUACUGAUGAAAGAGCAGCAAAGAUGGAAAUGAUCGAGGAUUCCAGUUCAAGUCGUACAGGAAGUAAGACUCGCGAGGAGAGGCUGUUAGACACGAUAGUGACAUCUGGUGGUGUACGUCUACAACCUACCCGUGACACCCUUCAGGCCUUCCUUGCAGAGGCUGCAAAAUUAGAUGCAAUGACCUUAUGCCAUGCUCUUGAUUCGAAGCUCCAAUCUCCGCAAUGGCAGGUUCGCAUGAAAGCUGUCUGCGUCCUGGAGUCAAUUUCGAGGAAGGAGGAUGAGCCGUUCUCCAUUAUAGCAUCCUAUUACAGCGAGAACAGAGAUGUUUUAAUUAAAUGUGCCGAGUCUCCACAAGCUUCUUUGAGGGAGAAAUCUAACAAGGUUUUAAGCCUUUUGGUCGGAGAACAGGCAGGUAGAAUUGUAACUGAUUCAGCUAUGUCAGUGAAGGUCGACAAAGCUCCUCUUGUUCAGAUGCCUGACUUAAUAGAUACCGGUGAUCCAGAUGAUAUCCUGGGAACUGAUGAUUCCAACAAGAAUCAGAGUGAUCAAACCAUCAGGGAUUUGACAACAAAGAGUGCACCUCUUAUUUAUGAUCUGUUAGGAGAUAAUGAUGUUGGAGCCAGCGUGAGCAGCAAUGAACCAAAGGAUGAUGAAGAUCCUUUUGCCGAUGUCUCAUUUCACAGUGGUGCUGAAAGCAGAAAAAAAAUAGAUGAUAUUUUCACUGGGAUGACUGUAGAUGACAAGAAUGCAAUCAAUGGCAAUCUUGCGGCAGGAAAUAAGACUACACCUACAGUGUUUGACCUUCUUGGGUCCCAAUCUGAAGUGGGGCAGGAAAACCAGAAGAAUGGUUUGCAUGAUCUAAUGGCUGGUUUGUCUGUCGAUGAGAAUAUGUCGAGAUCUAAGCAGAAUGAAAUGGCCGCCUCGGUACUCUCAGAAGCCAUGUACGUGGAUCCAAAAGUUCAUCUCAACCCUCAGGCUUCUAAUGAUGCUUCGAACAGAAUAGUGAACUCGCAAAUGCCUGGAAUUAGUGCAAGUGCAAUGGCUCCUUUCACAAUGCCGAAUGGGAUACCUCCUGGGAUGAUGUUCAACCCUGCCUUGUCAACUCAGCAGAUAAAUUAUGCUGCCAUGGGGAACUUCUUGGCUCAGCAGCAACUUCUAGCGACAAUGUCUAAUUUCCAACAGUAUGGCAACUUGAACACUCCACAGACUGUUGAUGUCAGUAGUGGAGCCAGUGGAGGUUAUUCAGCACCUCCCCUGCCUGAUAUAUUCCAAGCAAAUUUUCCUGGUCCAGCUGCUAGUUCGAUGGGCAACAUGACAAAGAAAGAGGAAACCAAAGCAUUUGAUUUUAUUUCAGACCAUCUCACAGCAGCUCGGGAUUCGAAGAGGGUGGUCUGAAAUCUUUUUGAGCUUUAGACUUCAUCUUGUGUGCUCCAUGGUGUGAGGAAAAUGGUUUGGUUUGGUUGGAUGUUUGUAGGUUAGAGAAGGUGAUCAAAGCUUAUUCUCUCAUCUUUUAUUGGACUACAUAUCGAGAGGAUGCGAAUGGGCAGGGAUGAAAUAUUUAGAAUAUCAAAUUAUUAUAGCUUACAAAAGAGUGUACUGCGCGGGAGCUGUCUGUGAAGUGUAAAUGCCGGCGUCUUCUGUCUCUAAAUUUUAGGCGAAAAGGGAGGAGAUGCGUCAUACUGGGGUCAUAAGUGGUGAUAGAGUUGCGGUAGAAUGGGAUUUGCCUUUUUUCUUUUUAUUAUUUUUUCCUAGUUUUUGUUUAUUGUAUCUCCUUGAAAUUAAUUUUGUACAUCUUGACAGUGCAGUCAUUGCUUUGCUUGUUUGUUGUACAUCCAUUCGAACAAUUAUUUUUAGUCGAGGUAAGUGUCUAAGUUUUCUUCA